AUGAUCAUCGAUCCGCAAAUUGGUUUUAUAUCUGUGAAUAGUGAGCCAUCUCCUAUUUUCCUCUCCAACCUGAUAGUAUUCCAUGGGGCUAUAGAACGAAUGGCCCCGUUAUUUAGGGAAAAUGGCCCUCAGUAUCACAGCGGACCACAGCGCUGGAUGAUAGAAGAACACCUCUAUAAUCUUUCAACACAAAGUGAAAUUCUCUACUUGCGUGUAAAGCGCCUUCGGUCUGCAGUCCAUGAUGAACAACAAGUUUGGCCGCAAAACCUCGAAACGCUUGAAGAGCUUAUUGAAGAGAUUCACAAGACCAUGCACUUGCAGACGGAGAUAUUGUUGAGGGUACAAGAGCUACUAUAUGGGACGUCAUAG